AUGAGGAAUUCUUGCUCACUAGAUUCUCCGUUAUGGAUCCAAGCUAUGAAAAAUCUCUUUACGGAAGAAGCAAGCAACGGCAAGAAUUUAGUGUAUUCUCCGUUAUCAAUUUACACUGCUCUGGGAUUAUUAGCUUCAGGAUCAAAAGGCGAAACUCUAGAUGAAUUGUUAGGGUUCUUAAAAUCUCGAAAUCUCGAUUCUCUUAAUGUGUUUUGUUCUCAACUUAUGAAAUCAUUGAAUGAAACCCAACUAUCUCUUGUUAAUAGUGUUUGGGUCGAGAAAUCUUGUGACCUAAACCCCAAAUUUCGAGAGGUUGCCGAUUCAAUCUUUGGUGCACAUGUUCAAUCUGUGGAUUUCAGGCAUGAGGCUAAUGCAGCGAGACUGAUGGUGAACCAAUGGGUCGAAACGAAAACCAAUGCAUUAAUCAAAGAUCUAAUGCCAGAAGGAUCUGUUAGCGAUACCGCAAGUGUUUUGUUGGUGAAUGCACUCUAUUUCAAAGGAUUAUGGCACAACGGUCAGUUUGAAAAAUCGUUAACAAAGAACUCAAAGUUCUAUUUACUUGAUGGGCAUUCAUCUGUUGAAGUCCCAUUUAUGACCAGCACAGAGUACCAAUACAUAUCGUAUCAAAACGGCUUCAAAGUACUCACACUCCCAUACAAAAUAAAAACAGAAAAAAAGUCGAGGUAUGGCCGGAUGUCUGAUAACCCAUUUGAUUUUAGAGCUCGACGGUUUUCUAUGCAUAUAAUUUUACCUGAUAGACGUGAUGGCCUUGAAGAGUUGAUAGACUUUGCAAGUACUGAUUCAGCUAGCUUUUUGGAUAAAUACAUUCCGAAAUAUGCAUCGGUGAAACGAACGGGCGAAUUCAAGGUCCCCAAGUUUAAGAUAACAUUUGAUUUUGACGCAAAAAGAAUUCUCAGUGAAUUGGGUUUAGUCGUGCCUUUUAGUUCCGAAGCAGACUUUACUGAGAUGUUGAGUGGUAAUGGUUCAAUUGAUAAAGUUAUCCACAAGUGCUUUGUUGAAGUUGACGAGGAAGGAACUGAAGGUGCUGCAGCUACUCUUAUCGAGUUCCUUGAGUGUUCAAUGGGUGGUCCUCCUCGUCCACCACCACCAGUAGUGGAUUUUGUUGCUGACCAUCCUUUCAUGUUUAUCAUCAGAGACGACAUCACAGGAGUUUUGUUGUUCAGCGGAUACAUUCUUAAUCCCUUGCUGUCCUCUUGAUUUCUGACAAGUACAGGUCGUCGGUCAUUUCCUCUA